AUGGGUCUCCUUCAAGAGAUCACCGGCCCUGCUGCGCAGCAGUUCCAGACCCUCGGCACCGCGUCGCAAGUCGGCGUCGUUGUCUUUGGCGUCGUGCUCCUCUCUGUCAUCCUCCAUGUCGCCAACCAGCUUCUGUUCAAGAACCCCAAUGAGCCCCCCGUGGUCUUCAGCUGGUUCCCCUUCAUUGGAAACACCAUCACCUAUGGCAUGGACCCUCCCGCCUUCUUUGAGGCCAACAAGAAAAAGUACGGCGACGUCUUUACUUUUAUUCUUCUCGGCAGCAAGACCACCGUCGCUGUCGGCCCUCAGGGCAACGACGUCAUCCUCAACGGCAAGCAGCGCGACGUCAACGCCGAGGAGAUCUACAGCGUCCUCACCACGCCCGUCUUUGGUCGCGAUGUCGUUUACGACUGCCCCAACGCCAAGCUCAUGGAGCAGAAGAAGUUCAUGAAGAUCGCCUUGACCACUGAGGCCUUCCGCUCCUACGUCCCCAUCAUCUCCCAUGAGGUCCAGAACUUCUUCAAGACGAGCAAGUACUUCAAGGAACAGUCUGGCGUCGUCAACAUUCCCCCCCGGAUGGCCGAAAUUACCAUCUUCACGGCCUCCCACGCCCUCCAGGGCUCCGAGAUUCGCAACAAGUUCGACACGUCCCUCGCCGAGCUGUACCACGACCUCGACAUGGGCUUCUCCGCCAUCAACUUUGCUCUCCACUGGGCGCCCCUCCCCUGGAACCGCAAGCGUGACGCCGCCCAGAAGGCCGUGGCCCAGAUCUUCAUGGACACGAUCAAGGACCGCCGCGAGUCUGGCCGCACCGAUGGCCUCGACAUGAUCUCCCACCUCAUGCGCUCCACGUACAAGAACGGCAUCAACGUCCCCGACCACGAGAUUGCUCACAUGAUGAUCGCUCUCCUCAUGGCCGGCCAGCAUUCUUCCUCCUCCACCUCGUCCUGGAUCAUGGCCCGCCUCGCCCAGAACCCCUCCGUCAUCGACGACCUCUACAAGGAGCAGGUCGAGGCCUUGGGUGCCGACCUCCCCCCUCUCACCUACGAAGACCUCUCCAAGCUGCCCCUCAACCAGGCCAUCAUCAAGGAGACGCUCCGCCUCCACGCGCCCAUCCACUCCAUUCUGCGCAAGGUCAAAUCGCCCAUGCCCGUCCCCGGCACUAAGUACUUUGCCAACGUUCAGCUGCAGACUAUUACAGCUGAGAUUGUGCGCCUCGUCAAGUUCUCCAACGCCGACGGCAGCAGCAACAUCAACGGAACCGACUACGCCUCGCUUUUCUCGCGCCCGUUGGAGCCCGUCAACAUUCGCUACGAGAGGCGGGAGAAGGCGUGA